AUGGAAGCAAACGCCUCAUGUGACUGGAAAUUUUUCGAUAAAAGAGAAAUCGGUAUAACUUGUGCCGCUUUUAACGGUGGACAACCCAGAGUAGGUGUCGAUUUAGGACCAGAAUAUGUCUUAAAAGCUGGUUUGAUCCAACAACUCAAUGAAAUGAAUUUUAAUACAGUAUUAACAGAUGAUAAAAUUCAUUAUUAUAAAGAAUUUUUUCCUGAAUCUGAUGAACCGAUCGGUAUUAUCAAACGACCACGAACUGUUGGUAUAGUAACUAAAAUUCUUACAGAACAAGUUUAUCAGCAUGCAAAAAGUGGACGAUUGGCAUUACAAAUUGGAGGAGAUCAUUCUUUAGCCAUAGGAACAAUCAGUGGAAUGGCACGAGCCAUUAAAGAACGUUUUAAUCAAGAUCUUAAAGUUAUUUGGGUUGAUGCUCAUACUGAUAUUAACACAAUGGAAACAACAGAAAGUGGAAAUUUACAUGGCAUGCCAUUAUCCUUUCUUAUUGGUCUAAUUAAUGAGAAAAUUGAAGGAUUAGAUUGGAUUGUACCUUGUUUAAAACCUGAAAAUCUCGUUUAUAUUGGUUUACGAGAUGUCGACAAAGGUGAAAAAGAAAUUAUUAAGAAGUAUAAUAUUAAAGCUUUUUCUAUGCAUGAAAUUGAUCGAUAUGGAAUUGGUUCAGUAUUAGACAUGACCAUCGAACAUUUAUCCAAAGGUGAAAAUUCUCAAUCACCUAUUCAUCUUUCAUUUGAUAUUGAUGCACUUGAUCCAACUGUUGCUUCAAGUACAGGUACUCCUGUACGAGGUGGAUUAACAUUUCGUGAAGGACAUUAUAUUUGUGAAGCUCUUUAUGCAACUGGACGAUUAGUAGGAUUAGAUAUGGUUGAAUUGAAUCCUGCAAUAGGUGAUAAUCAUGAAGAUACAAUCACUAUUGGAUGCAGUCUUAUUCGAGCAACAUUUGGUGAAACUCUUUUGUAA